GAAGGAAAAUAAUUUUGAAAAGCCAUUGAAUUGACCCCGUGGAGUUUACUUAUUUAAGCUUCACAAAAAAGCCUCCCAUUGGGUUUCUGUAUUUCCUAUUGAAUUUUUCCCUUUUUCUCCGAAUAUUCUCCUUCUCCAUUCCAAUUUUGAGUGAUCCUAAAGGAAAGAAGAUAAUUGGGUGGUAUGGUUAUGGAGUUAUAAAAUAGAUUUCAAUUUCUUUUUCUCUCUCUCUCUUUCUCUUUCCCUUUCCCCCCUUUCCUCUGGUUCUCUGUUGGUUUCUCGAGAAAGGGGAAAAAAAGGGUUAUUUAGUUUCAAAGAGAAAGGAGAGGGGGAAAAAAUGGAGAAGAAAGGGGAUAUGAAUGUGGUUGGUAAGAUGGGUAAGUUUCAAUUGAGUUUUUGGGAGUUGGGUGUGUUUACAACUGUUGUUUUUGCCUUCCUUUCCGGCCUUCUCUGUGUUUACCUAACCAUGCCGGCCUCCGAUUACAGCUUCCUCAAGCUUCCUCGUAACCUUCAAGAUCUUCAGAUUCUCAGAGAUCACCUUGAGGAAUAUACAAGUGACUACACUGCACAGGUCUUGGUUGGAUACUGCGUGGUCUACAUCUUUAUGCAAACCUUCAUGAUACCUGGAACGGUUUUCAUGUCACUGCUUGCUGGAGCCCUCUUCGGAGUCUUCAAGGGCGUUGCUCUUGUCGUUUUCACUGCUACGGCCGGAGCUUCCUCGUGCUAUUUCCUCUCGAAGAUGAUUGGGAAGCCCCUCGCCUUUACUCUUUGGCCCGACAAGGUGAAGUUCUUUCAAGAUCAGGUUUCUAAGAGAAGGAAAAAGCUGUUGAACUACAUGCUUUUUCUAAGAUUGACUCCAACCUUGCCAAAUACAUUCAUCAAUGUUGCAUCUCCAAUUGUCGACGUGCCUUACCAUACCUUCUUCCUCGCUACCGUGGUUGGUCUCAUCCCGGCUGCCUAUGUUACAGUCAGGGCUGGAUUGGCGCUCGGAGAAUUGCGAUCGGUUGGUGAUCUUUACGACUUCAACUCGAUCGCCACAUUGUUUCUUAUUGGAAUUGUCUCGGUGACACCAACUUUAGUUGGCAAGAGUAAAUCAUAACAUUCCAUGGCGUAACACACACACACACACACACUUGAGCUUGGAUAUUUCGAUUGCCUCGGAGCCGAAUUUGCAGCCUGAUUCUGUGUACAGAUAUAGCGUGAUCCUCCGAGCAGCGACUGAAGGUGAUAAAUGAUAAUUGAUUGUUUGGUGUUUGAAUAUAAAUGUGGAAGAAGUGAGGUUUUGUAGAGUUUGGGGAGAAGGGUCAGAGUUAUUAUAUUUGGAUUUGAUCGUCAGUAAUUGUUCAAUGUCUCUUAUGGAUAAUUGUAAUUGAUUGACAAGAAAUCAUACAAUGGAUGAUCAUAUUCAUUUGAUUGACCAAAAUUCAUAAAAUGAAACAUCAUAAUUCCAUUUGUGAAUAA